AUGAAGGUUGAGCGUAGGGUGAAGUCCGGGUGUUUUACCUGCCGUUCAAGAAAGAAGAAGUGUGACGAAAGCGGGCCAGUCUGCCGGAAUUGUCUGAAGGGCAGUUUCGAGUGCGUAUGGCCUCAGCGUCGCAAUCAAACUUUGCCGCAUACGUCUUUCAAGGUGAAGAAGAUCAAGAACAAUAAAACGGUGUUCAUCUGUGUGAGCAUGGAGGACGAGAAAACAGUGACCAGGAAAAGGUAUGAUCUUGCUAUAAGUUGCAGGAACGAUCCUGGUCCCACUUCCAGGCUAUACAGUAUUCCAGGUGUGAUCCUGGACUCUGAGUCGGCGAUGCUCCUCAAAGCGUUCAUGCAAGGGUUCGUCCCUAGCAUCACGCCGCAAUUUACGCUCCCGAUUAUAACUCCUGGUGGAAUUGCAAUUCCGCUAUUGCCCAUCUCAUCGGCUUUCAGAGAGGUCUGUUUUGCAUGUGGGGCAUCUUAUUUGGCGUGGAAAAAUGCCUCCAUGGUAGAGCUUGCCCAGAAACGGUACCAACGGAGCAUGAAGACACUUUUCGACGAGAUCAAGCAUCAGAACGUGGAUGGCUCCGAAGACUGGCUUGUUUAUAGCAUGCUGAUUUUAUCUCUCCGAGAAAAAUACUUUGGGGCCAGUAAUGCAAAGUGCACACACCAUCUCAUUGCCGCCUACCAGAUGAUGCUGAAGCGAAGACAUGAACGUCUCAACGGAAAUAGCCAACAUGACCAUUCGCUCUCACAGUUUGACAAGAUGAAGUUCGAACAGUAUUUGACCCAUCCAUCGACCGAAAUGGAUGCCAACGAAUUUUUGGUCUACGAUCUUGUCGAUGAAGGUUCUGGUGAAACUCGCAAGCAGGUGGCAUUCACCGCCCAGGAUAAAUAUAUGGUGGACAGUUUUGCGUACAACUACUCUGUGGAGCUAUUGUUGUGCACUGAACAGGCACUGGGCAAGUUCCCUUCUCCAUUUGAUUUUUUUGACGACUUCCGCGACAUCAUGACCACGCCCGUAUUUGAUCUUCCGGUAGAGUGGAUGAACAAUCCGAUUUUGGGAGCUGCCAGAGAAGGUUUCGAGGUGUGUGCUAAAGCAUCCUGGAUUGCACGCAAACAUGGGAAUCACCGACAUGAGGCAGAAUUGUUGUAUCAUAUCACAGCACAUGAAACUGUUGGAGAUCUUCCGAUGGAGUGUAAUCAGCUCCAAGAGCGCGAUAUUACCCAUCUCAAAUGCAGUCUUCUCACUCGUAUGAUACUAAUGAAGGCUGCUCAUCUUCUUCUUCGCAAGGUGCUGUUUGCAGAUAUAGCUACAGAUGAUCCAAUUAUUCAGAACGACGUUGAAACCAUUCUCACCCACCUUGCCCUGAUUCCAAAUUACCACCCCAUCUGCAGCAUUAUUCCUUGGCCAAUAAUGAUUGCGGGUUCAGCUGCUCUUCAUGAGAAUCAAAGACAGUUUAUCCGGAAGCGUACUUCGGAGAUUGGCGAUUAUGUUCAUACUCACUAUUCAUACCAGAUGCUUGAGUUCUUUGAGAAGGCCUGGGGAAACCAAGGAGUACCUGGAAUGGGAUGUGAUAUCUUGCUUGAUCGUCCCUCUUUGGAGAAGCUUUGUAUUUGA